AUGAGGUUGCCAAAGCACAGAACCCCACGCCAGGACCUAUGGAUCAUCACUUCGCAACACAAAAGCCCACAAGGUCAGGGGCAAUGGGACCCCCAGAGCAACUUAAUCUAUUUCUGCACUAAGCACUUGACCCCAGAGAAUUUUGAACUCUCAGGAGUCAGAGUCCCCCCUCAACACCCAUCAGGCGCUUCACCCGGAGACCUUCCUGGCUCUCCAUCCUCACCCUGUCCUCAUUCCCCAUCGCAAUACAUGCUGCGCCUCCCUCCACCUCCCAGCUUCUACCUGCCCAAGGAACACAACUAUGCUCAGCACUGUCCCCUGGUGUGGUGGAAGCGUUAUGAGAGAGCCACCGACAGCCUGGAAAAGUCCCUGUGGCUGCUCAGUGCGGCCAGGCGGAGGGAGAACCGGCUGCGGCAUGCGCUCCUGCGCCUCAGAGAAAAUCUUCUGAAACACACCCUCCUUCGCUCACGGGACAGAGCUAAGGGCAGGGGAGGUCGAAUUCAGGGAGACUUGUUGGAGGACAAGGGUCUGUGCUUAGAGGGUAAGGGUAGAGGACUGAGGCUUAUAUUACCCACUGAUGGACAGCGAGGCCAUUGCUCAGACAUCAGGAGGACUGUGGUGACCAGUGAUGUGAGGGAGAGCUGAAAAGAACACAUUGAAGGGUUUCAGCUCCAGCUUAGCAGUGAGUUUGUUGACUGA